AUGUCGGCCCCAGCGGCACCUCACCCCUCAGCUUCCAUCGAGGCAGAUCACAUACCCGACGACGUCUCCGUCACCACAUCCGUCGAUGAGGAAAGCGAACUCGAGUCCGACGGCGAGGAUUCGGACCUCGACUCGGCCCUAGGGGCCGAGGUGCAACCCUCCACAAUGUCCCUGCGCAGCAGCAUACUCCGCUACCGAGAGGAGAAUGGCCGCACUUAUCACGCCUACAAGGACGGCGCCUAUCUCUUCCCCAACGACGACCUCGAACUCGAUCGCCUAGACCUUCAGCAUAACCUGUUCCUCCUCACCCUAGGCGACAAGCUGCACUUAUCCCCGCUGAGCAAGGACAGGCCGCCGCAGCGGGUUCUGGACGUCGGUACGGGUACGGGAAUCUGGUCUAUUGACUUUGCGGAUGAGAACCCGGGAUCGACCAUCAUUGGCGUAGACUUGAGCCCUGUGCAACCGUCGUACGUGCCGCCCAAUGUCUAUUUCCAGAUUGACGACAUUGAGUACGAACCCUGGUCGUUUUCGCAAAAGUUUGAUUUUAUUUACAGCCGGAUGAACACGGGCGGCAUCAGGGACUUUUCCAAAUUGUUUCGGCAGUCAUUUGCGAAUCUGAACCCGGGAGGCUGGUUCGAAGUCGCCGAUGGAGCGCAAGCCAUGUCUGACGACGGCACGUUGACGAAGGAGUCGUCGCUGUACCAAUGGAAUCAGUUCCUAUUCCAAGGGACAGGGGAGCUAGGAACACCGUUUGGAGCGGCAACGCAUUACAAGCGACAACUACGAGAAGCAGGGUUUGUAAAUGUCAAGGAGAUCAUCUUCAAGUGGCCGACAAACAGAUGGGCAAAACAUCCUAGGCACAAGGAACUUGGUACAUGGAAUCACGAGAAUGUGAUGAUGGGGCUGGAGGGCCUGAGUGUUGGGCUAUUCACCCGCCGUAGCCAUGUCGUAUACGGUCAAAAGCCAUUAUAG